ACCCCCCUUUCAUGAGCAGGUUGGUCAGCCCCUGCACUGCCCCUUCUGGCCUCUGUGCAGCUCUUGGGGACGGGGCAAGUGCUCAGGCCUUCUGGUUUCGGGCCUCCCGCCGUGGGCAGCAGCUGGAUCCAGGACCCUGGGAGGAGUUCCUGUGUCCUGCAGGUCUCAGCUCCGACUCAAGCCCCGGAGCCGCGCUUUCACCCCAGGGGCCGCAAGGGCGAUGGACGCGGAGGAAGCGCCCUCUCCCUCUCAGGGGUCUCCCGGAGCAGGAAAUAGAAACUUAAGAGAAACACACACUUCUGAGAAACUGAAACAACAGGGGAAAGGGGGCUCACUCAGCACCGUCCCAGCAUCCGGACACCACAGCGGUCCUUCGCUCCACCCGGAAAACCACACUUCUCAAACCUUCACUCAACACUUCCUUCCCCAAAGCCAGAAGAUGCACAAGGAGGAGCAAGAGGUGGCUGUGCUGGGGGCACCCCCCAGCACCAUCCUUCCAAGGUCCACCGUGAUCAACAUCCGCAGCGAGACCUCCGUGCCCGACCAUGUCGUCUGGUCCCUGUUCAACACCCUCUUCUUGAACUGGUGCUGCCUGGGCUUCAUAGCAUACGCCUACUCCGUGAAGUCUAGGGACAGGAAGAUGGUUGGCGACCUGACCGGGGCCCAGGCCUAUGCUUCCACCGCCAAGUGCCUGAACAUCUGGGCCCUGAUUCUGGGCAUCCUCAUGACCAUUGGAUUCAUCCUGUUACUGGUGUUUGGCUCUGUGGCAGUCUACCAUAUUAUGUUACAGAUAAUACAGGAAAAACGGGGUUACUAGUAGCUGCCCAUAGCCUGCAACCUUAGUACUCCACUGUGCAAUGCUGGCCCUGCACGCUGCGGCUGUUGGCCCUGCCCCCUUGGUCCUGCCCCUAGACACAGCAGUUUAUGCCCACACACCUGUCUACAGUGUCAUUCAAUAAAGUGCACGUGCUUGUGA